UAUAGUUUGUUGAUAUUGAGUGUCCGUACAGCUCAGUGUUUCUCGAGUGUAGGUCUUGCUAUCUGUUAUCAAGGAACAUUUUUGAUUGCCGCAUUCGUUGCCGUUUUUACCUUUCGUAAGAUAUGGCAGCAAGGAGUUCACAGGCAUAUGUCUCGGAGCGACAAAAUCUGCUAGAACGGCUGCUGGAUUCUGUGAAACAGUGUCAAGUUAGGUUUGGUGGAAAAUCGGAGAUAGCUCCAGACUCAGACGCAAGGGUUGUAUGCCUGUGUCAACAAUUUGAAGCCGUUUUGCAGUAUGGAAUGAAGAAGAGCAGGCGAAUAGCCGCUUCUGCUAUACUUACGAAGGUGACAUCUAAUCAGAAGCAGGAUUCUCAGCCAGUUUUCUGGUCUUACGUGAAGGAGUAUCUUAGCAAAUCAGAAUUAGAACGAUUUAAUACACUUGAGCACAUCACAACAGAUGCAGGAAGAGGACGUGCCUGGCUGAGAGCAUCAUUGAAUGAGCACACAUUGGAGAGAUACUUGCAGGAUUUACUAGCUGAUACAUCAAUGCUCAAUUAUCAUUACCAGCCACAUGCAUUCUUGUUGGAUAUUGAAAGAUCAAGUAUGUUGCCCCAAAUGGCAGCAGGUUUGAGCUCGAUUCUAUUUGCAACGACAGUUGAUAAUCCAGAUUUGAAUGGACUAGCAAAGGUCUCAUCCAAUAGCUCUUUUUCUACUUCAUUAACUGUUAGUAACAAGUCUCAACAGGGUGUCCCCGAAGCUGUAGUAGCACCAGAAGCAAAAGAGAUGAUGACUGUAAAGAAAAGAAAGAAGAAGAGAAAAUCAAAACAUAGUGAAUUUGGGGACAGUGAACCAGGAACAGCAGAAAAUGCAACAAUAUAUGGAGAGACUUCAUCUAUUCCAAUUCUGCCUGGUAGUCAAUCUGUUUCGCCAUUGACCACACCGUCGAUGUCAAUGCAGAAUACUCCAUCGGGUGAUGAGAAUGCAGAAAAUCUAAUGAAGAGUAAACUAGGUAACCAUAAUGAUGGACAAGACAUAGAAUCAACAACUGUGGAAAUAGUAUCAGGAUUUCAGAUGACUGAGCCACGAGACGACAGUCCUUCGUUGUACUCAACAACUGAACUUGGAGAAAUACAAAUAGAUCCUCAUGCAUCACUAGACAGCUGGAAACCAAGCUCACAAAACGAUGUCUCUAGAACAAGGGGUAUGAUAAUUCAAACAUUUGGAAUGCCAUCGGAAACAAAGGCUGCUGUCCAAGCUCUUCAAGCUGCCCAUCGUGCACAACAAUCUUUGGAGAGAAGCAAGUAUAGUUCGUUGUCACAAGCACAGUCUUCUCCAAGCACAGACAGGACGGAGAAUGAACUAGCAACACAGUCAUCUCAACUUCCUUCUCCUGUUGUCAACCAGCAUUCUUUGUCUCCUGACAGUAUGACAAAUGCUGAACUCAAGCAAGCCAUUAUAUCAGCUAUACAACGGAAAGAUGAAGUGGAAGCCAAGAACAGUGUAUUGGCAAGAGAAUGCGAAGAUCUCACGGUCAAGGUUGAGUCGUUGGAGAAAGAUUUGCUGGCUUUUCGCGAGGAAGCCGCUCUUGCAAGCGAAGAGUCACAGGCUAAAGUGCAAGCGCUGAGUCGCGAGAAUGAGUUGUUAAAGCAUCAGCUUAAGAGAUAUGUAGGAGUGGUGCAAACAAUGAGGAGAGAAAGAAGCUCAAGUCUUACUAAAGAAACUGCUGAUGCAUUAUCUGUCGUUCCCUCUAUUCAGCCUGCUACGGAACCUCUUAGAUUUCGAGCAGAGUCUAUCAAUGAAGCAGACCAUUAUGAAAAGAAGUUAGUUCAGGUCACUGAGAUGCACGGGGAGCUGAUGGAGUUUAAUGAAAGUCUUCACAUUCAGUUGCUUCGGAAAGAAUUGGAAAUCAGAAGACUGCGAUCUCAACUGCCCCAAUACAGAGGAGUGCCUGUUCAAGAUGAAAUGCCGAAGACAAACACUCAGCAACGAGGGAAUGACUUGUGUCCUACCAAUCCAGGUUUGGUUAAUGUAUGGAUACCAACAGCCUUUUUGAAUGGACGUGGGGCUGACAGUCAUCACGUUUACCAGGUGUUCAUUAGAAUUCGAGAUGAUGAGUGGAACGUCUACCGCCGCUACACUCAGUUUCGAGAGCUAUAUAAGCAAGCUUGUCUCUAUCUUCAAUCUGUAAAGAAGUUUGAUUUUCCUCCAAAGAAGACAUUGGGCAGCAGAGAUGGGAAUUUUGUAGAAAUGAGAAGGCAGCAAUUGCAGGCGUUUUUGCGCUUCUUGUUUGAAAUUAUUCUUAAAGGUGGAGAGGGCAUUGAUGGUACAUCUUUAGAUAUCAAGGCGAGGCCGUCAAAGAAGGGGCUUAUGAAGGCGAUACCUUUCUUUGCUGAGAAUUCUACUCAGAGACCGACUGGUCCACCUGUGGGAGGUCACCAGUAUAGUGGUUUGUGAUGUCAUGUUUCAAGUCACAAGAAUCACGUAUACAGUAUUUUGUUAUACAAUCUUGAUCACAUUCAGCAGGUUCACGUGGGGUGUUGUUAUUAAUUGAUGGAUGUACAGAUAUUUUAUAUGUAGUUUGGUUGAUGCUAUUGAGCUUCGACUGAGUUCCUUUUUAAAUUUUAUACGCAAACAGCACAUCUGUUUAAUGUACUUGGUGCUCAGUAAUUUAUGGUUUAUUGUGAAAUGGAGAUAUUAUGUGACGUUUAGAAUGU